AUGCUGUUUGGAUUUUUCAUCCUGCUCAUCUUCAGAGCUGCACGAUGUGCAGACGAUAAGAUUUUUGUGACAGAGACUGUUGGUGUUGGAGAUGAUGUGACUCUGACAUGUACCCGCUCUGUGACUCCAACAACCACCUUAUUCUGGAUCAGACUUGUUGCUGGAAACUUGCCUGAAUUCUUGGGAGGAACAUAUAGUUUUAAUAAUGGUGGUGUUAAUAAGACUCCUCACACUCCUCACAUUACAACUAAACAAGAGCCUGGGACAUUUGUCCUGCAUAUUAAUAAAGCUGAGCUAAGCGAUACUGGACUUUACUACUGUAUAAAUGUAGGUGAACUUAACAUGACAUUAUUGAAAGGAACAUUUCUGAGGAUUGAAGGACCAGAACCUGAUAUCAUUACUGUCACUGAAGACUUUCCAUCUGAUCCAGUUCAUCCAGGAGACUCUGUGACUCUCCAGUGUUCAGUGCUCUCUGACUCUGAGAGUAAAACAUGUCUAGAAGAACACAAAGUGUACUGGUUCAGAGCUGGAUCAGAUGAAUCUCAUCCUAGUUUUAUUUUUGCUCAUGGAAACAGUGCUGAUGAAUGUGAAAAGAGUCCUGAGGCUCGUUCUGCACAGAAAUGUGUCUACAGCUUCUCUAAGAACGUCAACUCCUCUGAUGCUGGGACUUAUUACUGUGCUGUGGCCACAUGUGGAGAGAUAUUAUUUGGAAAUGGAACCAAACUGGAACUUGAAUGGAUCCUUGGGUAA